ACUAUCUAUCCGCGCAUGCGCAGUGGACCCGCGACUGUUGUGCUCAACAGCCUGCCUUUCAUUGUAUGCCACAUACAGUAAACUCAAAGUGCAAACGUAAAAUAUACUAAUCGUUAUUUACAACGCCAUUUAACAUCUUGAAGUGGAGCGGCAUUGUCCCGAAAGGACACAUCUAAAGACCUGAGGCGACGAGGCUAACGUAGCUGAAGAUAGCUGCAGCUAUGAGCUUCUUCGGUUUUGGCCAAAGUGCGGACAUAGACAUAGUUUUAAACGAUGCAGAAACAAGAAAAAAAGCGGAGCACAAAGGCGAAGACGGCAAAAAGGAAAAGUAUUUCUUGUUCUACGAUGGAGAGACGGUGUCGGGGAAAGUAAACGUGACGCUCAAAAACCCGGGCAAGCGGCUGGAGCACAGUGGCAUCAAGAUCGAGUUCGUCGGCCAGAUCGAGCUCUACUAUGACCGGGGUAACCACCAUGAGUUUGUGUCGCUGGUGAAGGACCUGGCUCGUCCCGGAGAGAUGACACAGUCUCAGACAUUCGACUUUGACUUCACACACGUGGAGAAGCCCUACGAGACGUACAGUGGUGCAAACGUCAAACUGCGCUACUUCCUGCGAGCGACGGUGGGCCGGCGGUUGAACGACAUCACCAAAGAGCUGGACAUCGUGGUGCACACGCUCAGUAGCUACCCGGAGAUCAACUCCUCCAUCAAGAUGGAAGUGGGCAUUGAGGACUGUCUGCACAUCGAGUUUGAGUACAACAAGUCAAAGUAUCACCUGAAAGACGUGAUCGUAGGCAAGAUCUACUUCCUCCUGGUGCGAAUUAAGAUCCGGCACAUGGAGAUCGACAUCAUCAAGCGGGAAACCACGGGCACGGGGCCCAACGUCUACCAUGAAAAUGAAACCAUCGCCAAGUACGAGAUCAUGGAUGGAGCACCAGUCAGAGGGGAGUCCAUCCCCAUCCGGCUGUUCCUGGCCGGCUAUGAGAUGACGCCGACCAUGAAGGACGUCAACAAGAAGUACUCUGUGCGCUACUACCUCAACCUGGUGCUCAUAGACGAGGAGGAGAGGCGCUAUUUUAAGCAGCAGGAAAUCACGCUGUGGAGGAAGGGAGACGUCGUGAGGAAGAGCAUGUCCCAGCAAGCGGCCAUCGCCUCUCAGCGCUUCGAGGGAACGCCCAGAGUGGAGAAGUCCCCGGCCCUGGAGGAUGACAGCUAAAGUCUGAGAGAGAGAGAGAGAGAGAGAGAGAGAGAGAGAGAGAGAGAGAGAGAGAGAGAGAGAGAGAGAGAGAGAGAGAGAGAGAGAGAGAGAGAGAGAGAGAGAGAGAGAGAGAGAGAGAGAGAGAGAGAGAGAGAGAGAGAGAGAGAGAGAGAGCCCGAGCCCCCUUUAAGGACCCCACACUGUUCUGCUGUUUGAUUUCUGAUGGAAUGUACUUUUUUUAUUUCUAUUUUGUGAGUGAGGAAGAGUAAGGAAUUGUGCAUUCAACUGCAGCGAGCACCAGAUGGAUUUUUACUCAGAAAUAACUACUUUUUUUAUGACAUUUUCAUUUUAUUUCAUUAUUUUUGUUCUUUAUGAGAAAAACUACCGUAAUCUGGUACUCAAGGGAAGGAUUUUGAAAGGUUUUUAAAAAUUGGUAGUGCUCCGGAAUUUGGAUGUGUAUGUAACCAACUGCCAUCUAUAGCAUGUCUCCAAUGUCAUCCAGAGAAGCGAGAACUGCAUUUGUCUUUUAUAAGACUUCUAAGACUUUUUUUGGCCACUUUACAAAAAAAGGUGGACCAGUAAACUGGUCCACCUUUUUUUGAUGAUACUGAUCCUCUUAACUUUUGAGGAAAUCACAUUGAGUUAUUUUCUAAGCAUCUACAAUGGAAGAUAUAUAAGAAGUUUAAAGCAAACAGCAGUUUUAUUGUUUGCACUUAAAGGCAGACAAUGAGGAUUUAGAGCAUUGACCUACAACUUUGCUUGCACCCUCUUCAUACAUUCCAAGCCUUUCACUAUCCUUUUCAAAAGAAAUUCAUAUUUGUUUGUACAACAUCCAUUUUACCAGCAUUUUAAUAUGGUUUUGAUGGUAUGUCAGUUGAAAACUAAAAAAGGAUCGUUUUGUAAAUUUGCUGCUGCUAAAACAAAUGUGUGUGCGACUUUUAAACAAAACCCCAAUGUAUAAUUCAAAGUUAAUUAACUCCAUUUGUAGCCUGCCAAUGCUAUUUGCUCUUUAAUCAGUUUUAACUUUUCUUUUUUCUUUGAUCCAUGACAAUUAUUUAAAGUAUGAGAGUCAAGAGACUAGUGUUUUCAAAAUAAAUAAGUUGACUUGUGAUUUUGCCAAACAAAAAAAGCCCUCCACUCCACUAAUCCCUGGGUUUAUCAAGAGAAAUUAGUCAGUAUUUCACCAGUGGUCUGCCUGUAGUUUAGCUAAUGUAGAUGCCUGCCACAUCAGGCUAGUAGGCUAGACUGGCCAGGCCACCUCUUACGUCUGACGUUGCCAGUAGUUGAAUAGAACUGUGCCUCAUUGUCUGUUGCCAAAUGGUUUCAGAUUAACCCUUAAAAAAUGGAUGUUGUUCCCUCUUCAGCCCAGCGCCUCUAAAGUUAGUUUGUAAUUUUUAGAUGUGGCACACACCCAGCUCCUAUGGUGACCACAAUGUUCAGACUCACGCACACGCUCAGCAUCCUUCAUUCUAUGCUGGUUCUGUUGUUGCUGUUGAAACCCCUACCCACCCCCUCCUCCUCUUCGCACUACACCUUGGUUUAGAGAAGGUAUAGGGUGGCAUAUCUCACAUGUUGAUGUUGGUCUCGUCUCAGCUGUCUUGGGUCCUGCUAGAGGCUUCUCACUGUGUCUGCAUAGUUCUGUAUCUUAACCGGAGAGGAAUAGUGCAGGCCUUGCCUUCACACCAUGUGGUUGUUGUUGAUGAGUACAUUAUUGUGCGUGUCUCAGAGCAACUCGGACAGUAGUUUGGCCAUUUGGAUCUUCAAUGCUAUUCUAGGUUGCUUGAGGCCUAGAUCUAUUACUCAGGACAUAGGUCAACGCCAUCUUAAAGGAGGUGUUGAAGCCCUGGAUGGCAGUAUAUGUGCAUAUUGUGUUUGAGUCAUAUCCUAAAGAUCAUUGUUGCAUGGGUGAGCAUUGAGAGGUAAUUGUUUUUCUGGUUCAACAUUCAGUUGCACUGCCACUCUUUAAUGUAUAUAAGAUGUGUAUAUUUGUAUCUUUAAAAAACCUUUAAGAGUAAAAAGCACUGAAGCCAUGCCUCCAGGGCUCAGCCUCAUUCAUAAUGCUUGGCCUGUAUUAUUUUUCUUGUCUGCAAAUUAUAUCACUAUAAAUCUUUGCUGUUUAACCUUUCUUAGCAUUUAUUAUGACGGGAUGAUGCUAGGCAGUUAAUAAACUGUUUCAUAAGAUCACCUUAUCAGACAAAUUAUGGUUUGUUUUUAACUGGUAUGACCAAUACCAGGAAUACUUCAGAUUUCUCUCAGGAUAUAAAGACAUUUUUAUAGACUUCGAUUUUUUUUCUGCAAUGCUCUUUAUCAUGACAUUUCAUUGACGUAUAAUCUUCCCUUGUCCCUUGACUUCAAUAAGUCAUGGAUAGAAAAUUUCAAGUAGGCCUACUGUGUGUGUGAGUGUGCGUGUGCGUGUGUGCAUGGCCAUUGUUGUGUCCUUGAAAAGUUGUUUAUGUUCGCCUUUUUUUUAGAGGUACAACCUACUCCAUAUACUUCUUUUCCUGGUUUACUCAUUGUGUUUUGUCAGUUUGCCCUUCAAAAAUUAAGCCAUUAGUAUUGGAGGAUUUGGGCAGUGGGAGUGAUCCGUGAGGUGUUUACUAACCUAUUUUGUGACGAGAAUGCAAAUAAAAAAUAGAGUGAGAAAAUUUUAGAAAAAACAGAACACAUGCACAAUGUAAAAUAGCUCCUUUGUACAUGAAAUGUUUCGCUCACUAUAAUUUUUAUCAUGUUUUCUAUUUCUGUGCUAUUUUUAAUUAAAAUAAUACUAAUUUAGUCUUAUUACACAGGAACAUGUUUGAAUUAUCAAUUUUAGAACAUUUAUUUCCAUGAAUCCUGGUAUUAAACUUUAAAUGUAUUUUUAAUUACCUGAAAAUGUACUAAUUCAUCAUGGAGCAUUAUUCUGCACUCCUUAAAGGUGUACUACUAUUGUUAAAUCUAUUUGCCAUUACAGACUCGACAAACUAAUGAAAUGAAUUAUUUAUUUUAAAUAGUUAUUUCUAAAAUUUCAAAGCAUCCUAACUCAAUAUAAUUAACUUUCAUGACCCCCAGGUAAUCUUUCACCACUUUAAGAUGCAAACAUAUGUGCAUAGCUUGCAGUAUUCCGACGCCAUUUGUAGAUUUUCUGAGAACCUUUAACCUUUUGCUUUUACAAUGACUGCAAUAAAUUCAUCCCUUCCAGCUGCCAUCUGCAGAACAAUUUGACUUGCACUAUAAUGGACGGUUUAAUAGGUUGACACUACGUUCAGCAUGUAUGCGAAGCAAACAUUGAUUCAUGUUAGGUUUUCCUGAAUUAUGAGUGUCGAAGCAUUUUUCCGGCCCAGAUACCAUCACCUCUCCAAACAAAAACAUUGCGCAAAUAUUCCUCAAGGCCACAUUCUUGUGAAAUACGUGCAAUGGAUAACUGAGAAAUGAUUCAUCUAAACAUCUGCUCAUAUCAUUUGCGUGCAAACCGUUUCUCCAUUGGCGUGCAUUAAAUUGUAUUGAAUGUUAUUUCAUUCUAAAACAGUAAUAAGUAGUCUAAAGAAGUGCAGCAAAAAAAGAUGACACUUGAAGUAGUAGUUUGGUGACAUAGAUCCAUCCAGCUCUUCUGAGUUCUUAAUGUGAUUUAUGUAGGUACCUGCUAUGGCCUUUAUUCCAUUACUUGGUCGACAACACUGUGUGGAAACAGUUUGAAAAAUAGAUCUCCUUAAUGACCCAUCAUCUUGCAGUCGUCACUAAACCACUGGUGUCCCCGCUUGCAGGAAUAAACGCUCCAUUGUUGUCUCUCUGCCCACACGCGAUCUGACAGCAUUCGUAGGCCUACCUCAUGUAGGAGGAUAAAAGCUACUCAGUUUUGUAGAUGUUAUCACAAGUCUUUGUAGAUGUUGGAAUUACGUCAAGGGUGUAAGAGAAAAAUGCCAAUUUUUUCAUGAGGCGUUAUUACCAGGCUAUAGCACGGACGCCCUCUAUUGGUUAAACGCCGAAGGUGUAGAUCAAAGGGAGGCGCAGAGAUAAGACAUUCCCUACCAAUAGUCGAAUACAAUACCAAAUCAUUAAACAGACAGUGUACACCAGAGCUUCGGUUAAGCCUUCAACACCACCAUGUCCAUCACAGUUAUCUGAGGGCCUGGUUUGUGAGUAGCCUAGUGUUUAAACGUAUUCAAU